AUCCUCACGAACCCCAGGCUACUAUGACGCUAUCCUUGACACCCACACCGUAGAUCGUGCAGCCUUGUUCCCGCCAGUAAGCUGAGACUUCAAUAUGGCAAGAAAGUCGGCUUCAGACCCGAUCCUCCUCACGCUCUUUGCUAAUCGCUUCAUGAGUGUCGCGGAGGCAAUGGGAAGGUCGCUCCAGCAGACCUCUAUCAGCACCAACAUCAAAGAGCGUCUCGAUUUUUCAUGUGCGCUGUUCGCGCCCGAUGGUGAUCUGGUUGCGAAUGCACCAUUCAUCCCGAUUCAUCUUGGUUCUAUGAGUUUCGCCGUUAAGUAUCAAAUGAAACUACACGAGAAGGACUUGAAUGAAGGAGACGUACUCAUGACCAACUCUCCUCAUGCAGGAGGAUCUCACCUCCCUGAUAUCACUCUAAUCACCCCUGUGUUUGAUACGGAGACCAAAGAGAUUAUUUUCUUUACAGCUUCUCGUGGGCAUCAUGCAGAUAUAGGUGGAAUAUUGCCUGGAUCUAUGCCUCCAACAUCGGUGAAUAUUUUUGAAGAAGGCGCAGAAAUAAUCAGCUUCAAAAUAGUAAAUGCGGGCGUGUUUGAUCGGGAGGGGCUUCAUGAAUACAUGGUCGAGGGACCAGCUCGAUAUCCAGGAAACUCUGGGUGUCGCAAUAUAAAGGAGGUGGAAAGCGAUCUUAAAGCCCAAAUUGCAGCCAACCAUAAAGGGGUACAACUCCUCCAAGCAAUGGUGAAGGAAUACGGUCUCCAGAUAGUACAGGAUUACAUGUAUCACAUCCGAGCCAAUGCCGAAAGCUCAGUCGCAAAGCGUGCAGGUUCCAACGUCCUCAGUGCUGUGGACUAUCUAGACGAUGGGACUCCGAUCCAACUGAAGGUUGAAAUCGAUGAGAAGGAGGGUGCUGCUAUAUUGGACUUCGAGGGUACAGGUUAUGAAGUCCGGGGGAACUUGAAUUCCCCUGUGUCGGUAGUGCACUCAGCUGUCAUCUAUUGCAUGCGUGCUAUGCUUGAUGUUGACAUUCCUCUCAAUGCUGGUUGUCUUGUCCCUCUGACAGUCCGAAUUCCAGAGAGAUCAUUACUUUCGCCAUCUCGGACGGCGGCCGUUUGCGGAGGCAAUGUUUUGACGUCGCAGCGCAUCGUAGAUGUCGUCCUGAAAGCUUUUCACGCGUGCGCUGCUAGCCAAGGCUGUACAAACAAUCUCACGUUCGGCACUGGCGGUAAGGACAAAGAUGGAGUGGCUGUGGCAGGGUGGGGCUACUACGAAACCAUAGCCGGUGGCUCGGGUGCCGGGCCUGACUGGCACGGCCUGGAUUCAGGAGGAAAAGGGAAGUGGCACGGUGGGGAUGGUGUCAUCCGAGAAAUUGAGUUCACGCAUGGGUUGCAAGUAUCAAUCUUGAGUGAGAGGCGUACUCGGGCACCAUAUGGUAUGGAAGGGGGAGAACCAGCAAUGAAGGGUCGUAACACCUGGAUCAAGCGAAGACGAAGGGAAGACGGAGACCUCGUUGACGACUGCCUGGAGAGCAAACAGCAUCGAUUCAUUAAUAUUGGGGGCAAGGCUACGGUGUUCAUGGGCAAAGGGGACCGACUUCUGAUUGAAACACCUGGAGGAGGUGGAUGGGGCCUACCCAUCAACUCUACCGUGCAAGAGGCUUAAUCACACAAACCUACUCGGGAAGCCGGAAGGAACAUUGCAGAAAGGGUAGCUGCACAGGCUAGUCUCUGAAGGAUGGGAUCCAAUGCCUGUAGGAGUUGUACCGGAUAUCACCGUACCACAUUCACGGUUAUGGUCCAGCAUGUAUCAUAUCACGCUUGAUGCAGCACGGAUAAGGUGUCACUCCCACGGGCCUGACCUUGCCAUAUCCGUUUGGUAAGACGCUGUGCUUUGCUCGGCUGUGUAUUAGAGCCUCAUUU